AUGCAAAUCUUGAGCUCUAAGGAUUGGAAAAUUGAGGACAAGAUUGCCAAUCUCAAGAUGCUUAUUGCUGCAAAAAUUGGGAGUUACAAGUCGUGGCUAAUAGUGGUGGACAAUGUGACAGAACUGACUUUUGUACAUGAUCAUCUACCACAGUCUGGAACCGAGACGUGGGCAAGAGGUCAGUUGUUAAUUACAACCCAGGAUACAAAGUCCAUCCCCUUAAAAAGCUCUUUCAUCAAUCACAUUUCAGUAAGCCAAGGAAUGAAUCCUUACGAUGCCACUUCCUUAUUGGCCAAACUUUCUGGGGUCUUCGACAUCAAGCUAGCGGAAAACGUUGCCCAGAAACUGGACUAUCAGCCACUCGCUUUAGCAGGCGCGGCUGUGUUUGUCAAAGACAUUCGACAGGACAAAGCAUCGAAGCACUUUGGCUGGGACGAAUACCUAAAGAUUUUAGAAGAAGGAAAACGAGAAACGACCGAGGAUACCCUUGCUGAUACCAACUUAGUUUAUCCAAAUACGAUGACUACAGCAAUAACGUUAGCUGUCGAAGGGCAAGUCAAAUCCGACAAAUUUUUUGAACACCUAUUCAGAUUUCUUUUUCUGUGCGCACCACAACCAUUAAACGUUGACAUAGCGGUUAGUUACCUUUUAAACGUUCUCGAACACGAUGAUAAAGAGGACAAGGAGCACAUUCGCAGGAGAUUCAGAAGAUGUUCACUGCUUCUUUUAGAGGAAGACGAAGAUAGUUGCUAUAACAUUCGUGUACAUCAGGUUGUGCACGACGCAAUGAAAUGGGUAAUGAGUGACUGUACAAAAAAUCAAACGAUCAAGGUUGUAAGUGAAACUGUUACAUCGUUUAACAAAUUUAUAGUCACAAUUCCACACGAAAAUAGAACAAUGGACACUAUGCACAACAUUCCGCACGUAAGCGCCCUUAUUGUACCAAUUAAUACAGUUAUUAUGACAGAAAAUAUGUCUCAAGUCCAUAUUCAGGACAUUUCUGAAAAAUUGUCGAAUCUUGGCGAUAUAUGUGAAAUGCACUGUGAAUUUAACGUGGCAAAAACAUACUUGGAAAAUUCUCUCGCUAUUCGCAUCAGGCUAUUGGGUGACCAAAAUGUCGAUGUUGCAACAAGCUACGGUAACCUAGCUUCAAUUCACCAGGACUUAGGUGACCUUGAACAAGCAAAGGAGUAUCAGCAACGUGGUUUAGCCAUCUUUCUCAAGAAGCUUGGUGCUGAACAUGUUUCUGUUGCAACAAGCUACGGUAACCUAGCUUCAAUUUACAAGGCCUUAGGUGACCUUGAACAAGCAAAGGAGUAUCAGCAACGUGGUUUAGCCAUCUUUCUCAAGAAGCUUGGUGCUGAACAUGUUUCUGUUGCAACAAGCUACGGUAACCUAGCUUCAAUUCACAAGGACUUAGGUGACCUUGAACAAGCAAAGGAGUAUCAGCAACGUGGUUUAGCCAUCCAACUCAAGAAGCUUGGUGCUGAACAUGUUUCUGUUGCAACAAGCUACGGUAACCUAGCUUCAAUUCACCAGGACUUAGGUGACCUUGAACAAGCAAAGGAGUAUCAGCAACGUGGUUUAGCCAUCCAACUCAAGAAGCUUGGUGCUGAACAUGUUUCUGUUGCAACAAGCUACGGUAACCUAGCUUCAAUUCACCAGGACUUAGGUGACCUUGAACAAGCAAAGGAGUAUCAGCAACGUGGUUUAGCCAUCCAACUCAAGAAGCUUGGUGCUGAACAUGUUUCUGUUGCAACAAGCUACGGUAACCUAGCUUCAAUUCACCAGGACUUAGGUGACCUUGAACAAGCAAAGGAGUAUCAGCAACGUGGUUUAGCCAUCAAACUCAAGAAGCUUGGUGCUGAACAUGUUUCUGUUGCAACAAGCUACGGUAACCUAGCUUCAAUUCACCAGGACUUAGGUGACCUUGAACAAGCAAAGGAGUAUCAGCAACGUGGUUUAGCCAUCAAACUCAAGAAGCUUGGUGCUGAACAUGUUUCUGUUGCAACAAGCUACGGUAACCUAGCUUCAAUUCACCAGGACUUAGGUGACCUUGAACAAGCAAAGGAGUAUCAGCAACGUGGUUUAGCCAUCGAACUCAAGAAGCUUGGUGCUGAACAUGUUUCUGUUGCAACAAGCUACGGUAACCUAGCUUCAAUUUACAAGGACUUAGGUGACCUUGAACAAGCAAAGGAGUAUCAGCACCGUGCUUCAGCCAUCAAACUCAAGAAGCUUUUCUAA